CCCGCUCAUUCGCCUCCCGCAUCACCCAACAGCACCCAAGCAGAGCACAGCAGAGCAGAGCAUUCGGCUCCUCCAUUUCACGGCGUGAAGGCAGGGACACGGCGAGCAUGGGGUCGAGGUACGAGGUGGAGGUGACGGUGGGCUCGGCGCGGGACCUCAAGAACGUCAACUGGCGCAACGGCGACCUGCAGCCCUACGCCGUGCUCUGGGUCGACGACGGCCCCAAGUGCUCCUCCCGCGUCGACCUGGACAACGGCGAGAGCCCCGAGUGGGACGAGAAGCUCACCGUCCCGCUCCCGCCGUCCACCACCCGCCUCGAGGACGCGGUGCUCCACAUCGACGUCGUCCACGCCAACGCCGCCGAGGGCACCAAGCCGCUCGUGGGGUCCGCGCGCCUGCCGCUGCGCGACGUCCUCGACGACGCCGGGCUCGGCGGCCGAGCGUCCCGCUCGCUCCGCCUCAAGCGCCCCUCGGGCCGGCCCCAGGGCCGCGUCGACGUCCGCGUCGCCGUCCGCGAGACCGCCCGCUACUACGACCCCGCCUACCCGCCGCCCUACGGCCAGAGCCAGUCCCAGUCCCGCGACCCCUACGCGGCCCCGGCGCCGUACGGCUCGGGCGGGUACGGGUACGGCCAGCAGCAGCAGCCGUACGCCGCGCCGCCGUCCGGCUACCCGGCCGCCUACGGCGCGGCCGUUCCCCCGCAGUCCGCCGGGUACCCUGCUGCCUACGGCGGCGCGCAGCCGGCGUACGGCGCUGCGGCUCCUGCCCCCGCGUACGGGUCGGGCGGGUACGGGUCGGGGUCGAUGAAUGACCCUGCGAAGAAGAAGGGGAUGGGGAUGGGGGCGGGGCUGGCGGUGGGCGCGGCGGCGGGGGUGCUGGGCGGGCUGGCGCUGGCGGAAGGGGCGAGCUACCUGGAGGACAAGUUCGAGGACGACGUGGCGGAGAAGGUGGAGGACGACCUGGCGGGCGGCGGCUACGACGACGACGACUACUAGUCGAGAAAAUGAGACCGAGAGAUCGUUCGGUGUGAGCCGUCACGUAUGCGGGUUGUGGACGCCUCUGGAGUCAUUGAUACGUCUCGAGGUUGAUUGCUGCGGCUUCCCAACAACUGCAGAAGCAUCCAUCCAUCUACCUACCUCGGCCGUUCAAAUCUGAUCGGUUUGAAGAAGGAAGCAUCCCUGCAGCGGUCCAGCACAAAUCCUCUGUGAGCUUGAGACGACGACGGUGAGACCUUGGCACCGACAAAUUGUUCAACACAGCAUCGUUGCCUGGACUGGCUUUGCUUUUAUCGUGUUUGUACAAUCUUGACUGACAUUCUGCUCCGGUCAGGGAGGGGUGACGCGUCUUCAACUCGCUCCGGUGCUUAUAGUCGUCGCUAGGUGGUCUACGAACAUGGUUAUAAUUUUUAUUGGAUCUGUCUAGAACACAUCUGGAUGUGAUAUCUAUGUCACAUCUAAACUGAUGUCCACUCUGUUUAUGGUUUAUUUUUCUUGUGUCCUAGUUUUUUUAUUUUUUGUUGAUGCAUUAUAUAUUUGUCG